AUGGCGACCUCCGUCCUGCCUUCAGCCCAGAUUCUGACUCAGAGAAGGGCGAGAGAGGUGCACCGAGGAGCCCGGGGCGGGGGUGUCUCCUGCCAGGCUGGGGCUGAGCAGGACGGGCAGUGGCAGCUGCCCUCAGGUCUGUGCGUCCAGCCACCUGGAGCCCCGGCACUCCAGUGCUCUCGUGGUGGAGAGAGGGGCCUUGUUCAAGAAGCCAGGGGCAUGAAGUCUCUGAGUGGCUGCUUCCUGUGUCUGCUGCUGCUGGGCCUGGUCCUCCAGGGGGCUGCAAGCCGAGCCCCACAGCACUCCAUGGAAAUCCGAACUCCUGACAUCAAUCCUGCCUGGUACAGAGGCCGGGGGAUCAGGCCUGUGGGCCGCUUCGGCCGGAGGAGGGCAGCCCUUCGGGACGUCCCCAGGCCUGGGCUGCAAUGCUGGUCCACCUGCCUCCCGCUGGAGGGUGGUGCCAAGUACCCCCAGGAUGGCUGA